AUGCAGUGGAAUGCCAAGCUCACAAAAGCCCUUAAAGCCACUGGUUUCCAGCAAUCCACAGCAGAUCCCUCAUUAUUCACCAAAACUUCAGAAAACUCUUUCACUGCCAUGCUCAUAUAUGUUGAUGAUAUACUUGUAAUUGGAACAGAUUCAGCACAAAUCAGUGAACUCAAGUCAUUCUUAGACAAAUCAUUCAAAAUCAAGGACCUUGGCCACUUGAACUAUUUCCUAGGUAUUGAAGCAUUCAGAAUAGCUGAUGGGAUUAAUAUCUGUCAAAGAAAGUACACUAUGGAGAUACUGAAGGAGAAUGGGUUCCUGGAAGCCAAACCUGCUAAAACACCAGCUAUUUCAGGUCAGAAGCUCAAUAGCCUGGAAGGUACCCUCAUUGAUAAUCCUGAAGUGUAUAAGAAGAUGAUUGGCAAACUCCUGUACCUAACAAACACAAGGCCAGAGAUCUCUCAUGCUGUUCAACAAUUGAGCCAAUUUGUUGACAAGCCUACAAACAUUCAUCUCACAGCUGCACACAGGGUCCUUAGGUACCUCAAAGGAUCUCCAGGAAAAGGUCUAUUCUAUCCCACAAACACUCAGAUCAGAUUACAAGGGUUCUCAGACUUUGACUGGGCAAAUUGCACAGAAACAAGGAAAUCUGUAACUAGUUACUGCAUCUACUUUGGAGAUGCUUUGAUCUCAUGGAGGACCAAGAAGCAACCCACAGUGUCAAGGUCCUCCUCUGAGGCAGAAUACAGGGCCCUAGCCUCCACUGUUUGCGAAAUUCAAUGGUUGCACUACUUACUAACAGAUCUGAAUGUGAUCUUUGAUAGGCCAACAAGUCUAUUCUGUGACAAUCAAUCUGCAAUUGCCAUUGGAGAGAACCAUUUCUUCCACGAGCGUACCAAACACAUUGAGAUAGAUUGUCACGUUGUUAAGGAAAAGGUGCAGGAAGGGCUGAUCAGACUGCUACCAAUCCCUUCAUCAUAA